CUUUGCAGCGAUUCUGCAGUAAAGCAGAUAUUGCUGACCAUGAAUGAGAAGCAAAGUUUCAUUAUCGAGGACUUGGACGACUUCCAUAUUGUCAUCAAGGCAGAUGAAGAGUGGCGAGUGCGUCGUGAGCUCGAGGCAGAGCUAGAGAAAAACACCUAUACCUUAGAUUGA